AUGCCGGAUCCUUUGAUGGAACGUGUGAUGGCGGUCUACAAGGACGUGGACAAGAACGAUGACGGUUUCCUAGACAAAGACGAAUUGUCUGCAAUGCUUGAUGCCGUUGGUAUGCCCAAGGAGCGAGCGUCGGCCCUCUUCGAUGCGGCCGACGUCGACAAGAGUGGGACGGUCGACUUUGAGGAGUUCUGCACGUGGCUCUUCUCAGAUGUGAAAGAGGUCAUGGAAGUCUGCGUGAAGCAGGGGGAAAUUGUGAACAAGCACUUAAAGUUGGAGAUGGCUGUAGGUGAUGUUCUAUGUUUUGGCCUUGAUGAGAAGCUGGUUCGCAGCCAGUUCAGAUACGAAGUCUCGGUGGAACCCAGUGCUGACACAGUCAAGCACCUCGAGUCGAGAUCGAAGCUCUACGCCGAAGAAAGGAAGAAGCAGCAGCUCGAUGCGCUCGAGAAGGGCAUCACCGACGCAAAGUCGAAGUUGGAGGCCGCCAAGGCCAAAGCCGCCAAAGCCAAGCCCAAGGACGCCAAGGACGCCAAGGACGGCAAGGACGGCAAGGAUGCAAAGGCGGAGCCCUCACCCGAGGAGGCCGCCGUGACGGACGCCGAGCGAAAGCUGGCGGCGGCCGAGAAGGCCAAGGCGCGGGUGGAGGAGACGCCCGCGGAGGUCCAGGAGGCGCCGUUCCUGGACAAGGUCUUGGACAGCCUUGUGGCCGUAGACGAUAUCUCUGCAGGCUCUUCCGGUUCACACGUCAUAAAAUGGAAAGCAAAAGAAGAGGGCAUGGCCAUAGUGAAGGUCCUGCAGCACUACACUGUUGUCGAGGGUCCGGACGAGAAAGAGGUUGAGAAGGUGGAUACCUUUGACUUUACAGUAACUGUAGUCCCUGCCGGCUCCGCAGGCGCGAAGGCAGACUGGUACGCGUGGAGUUGGUAUGACGUCAAGUGGGUCAAGGCGCCAGCCAACAAGGCAGAUAAGUUUGCCAAGAAGAUGGGACGUGCUGCCCUGGAGCUGCAGUGGGUCCCCUCCGUCUUCGGACCCAAAAAGGAGAAGCUGCAACCCGCCCAGACCGAGGGGGCCAAGUGCCGCUGCGAUGCGGUUUGGUACGGCGACACGCCCUCCCAUCUCAUGUUUGUUGUCGUGUGCUUGUCCUCUGCCAGCUGCAUCUGCGUCUCCUGCUUCGAUGCCUUGGGCCUUGGCUGCCAUGAUUUCUACAUCUCGCGCUCUGAUUACGGCUGCUGUGAUUGUGGUGAUGCUAGGCUUAUGCAUGGCGACAAAGCGGUUUCUGUCGACACCACCCUGGCCCACGUGAAGGAAGACUGGGUGAGCCGGGUGGUUGUGAUCUCACAUGAUCUGGCGUUGAGCCUCCACCUGUGCCCAGCCAGCGGCCCAGAAUCCCCUUUUGUGCUGGCAUCAGACUUCUGCCUUGUGCGAGUGGCCUAUGCCGCGUCGAGCACAGGAGGCAUCCGCUGGACGGGCGGCGCUAUCCGCUGUGCAUGUGAACCCGAAUGCUGUUCGCUGCUCUUGUGGUUGACAGUGGUUGCCCGGACGCAACAGGAUUCCCUCCGGGUCAUGAUCACGGGUAUCAACCUCCGAGUGACCGAGGACCAGCUUCGCGAGUUUCUCGACGGCAAGUUGAGCCCGGAGGUCGCCUCGCUUCAGUCCUUGGAGUUGCUGCGAGAUCAGGACACCAAGGCAUCCAAGGGCCGAGCGUACAUCACCAUGCCCUCGAAGGCAAGGAGAGUGGAGAAGCAUGGAGAAGCAAAGCUAAGGCUAAGUGGCAGCCCCUUGCGCAUGCAUGUGGGUCCAUCUGCGAUUGCUUUGGCAGAGAAGCAUUUACAGGCAUUGGAGACCAACUUCGAGUGGCUGCUGAACUUAGGUGGCUUUCAUGAUGGUCUCCGCAAGAUCAUUGGCCAGGUCUUUUUGGACCGAAGCCUCUUUGUCCAGGGCCAAAGUGCCGUGGAGGUCUUGCUCAGGCAUUCGCAUUUGAUGGAGCCCUCGGUGCGCAAGCUGGAGACCAACCUCAUGGUGGAUCUCAUGCUGGACUUGGAUUUCAAGCACCGCUUCGCGCAGGUGUUUACCUCGCUGUAUCCCGAGAUGGUGCGCAACCGGGAAGGCAACACAGACACCAAUGAGCUGGGAGACUUCACGUGUCAGAUCUUCACCCGACAGGAUGUCACGAUGGAGCUGGUUCGUGAGAAGGACCUGGUGAAGACGCUGCUGGAGUGUCUUUGGGGGCUCCUGCGUCCAGCGCUUGUCAAGGACUCAGCCCCUCCGGUUUUCAACCAUGAGUCGAACAUCUUCCGUGACCACGAGAUCAUUCAGUGUUCGAUGGAUCUGUUGUACGUGCUGGAUCAUUCGGACAUUGCGUGGGAGAUCAUUCGCUCACCGGUGUUGCGUGGAGAGUUGUGGGCUGGUUGGAUUCAGAUUCUGAUUUCCAUGCAGUCUUGUCUGAUGAGCCCUCAGUUUUGUUGUCUCUGGCGCAGGUUCACUAGCCCCUCCUGGGGGAAUGCGCUUACUCUGCACACGGAUCUCGGGCCUGCAGCUGAGCUGGAGACGCGUGACAGGGCCCGAAAUUGGCUUGUACAUUUUGUAACUGUUCCCAGGUCGAACACGUGGCUGAUCCUGGAUGCUAUUGAGUUCAAGGCAGAGAUUGUUCAAGAAGUGUGA